AUGUAUACAAACGUUUGGAAUCAUUUCCCUCACAACCUGAAUAUGGCUUCCAAGUCCAAGGCCUGCGCGGCUAUUGGGUCUUCCGAUCAGCAGCGCCGUAGGGCUGAGGCGGUGCGGGACAGCUGCUGCGCCUCACUGUCAUCCGAACACCACAUUCUUCCCGACGCAGUGGAAACGUCAGAAGCGCGGCCGCUCUUCAGCCGUCCACAGGGCGUCGGCAAUGGCCUUUCCGGACUGCGCAUUAGGCGCAGACGCGCAGACGCGAUCACAGAGCCUAUCAUUAUUCAUCUGACUAUGAUACCGAUGUCUUCUUUCUGGCGCUCUGUUCCGGGAGCCGCCGUCGGUCACUGGUUAGCAGACGUCGGCACCAGAUCGACUGCUGCAGGGGCGGCAAUUUACGGUCCACUGGUACUCGGCUUCGUCUACGACAGUCUAGUCCUUGGACUUUACUGUAGCUUUGUGUGGAAGUGCCCCGCUAUCGUACUGGAGCAUCUGUACCGUAUCAUGAUUAACGGUGCAGCGCGGCGUCGGGAAUCCAAGAAACGAGGAACCGAAGCUCAGGUCAGGAUUUUGGACAUUGGGGUAGCCACCGGCUAUUACAUGGCCAAGACAAAGCUUCCAGAAAGUACCUCGGUCACGCUCUUCGAUCUCAAUACGGAUUGCCUGGAGGUCGCUUCCACGAGGUGUCGAAAAGCCCACUCCGAGGUGCUCAAUCUCGACAUUGAGACCGUCUGUGGCGAUUUUCUGGCGUCAGAUUCGGACCCAUCCUCGAUACAAUGCAUGCUGGAUCCAAGGAAGCAAGGCAACAAACAUUACGACGUCGUAUUCACCACUUUCCUACUGCAUUGUCUCCCAGGGCCACCGGAUCGUAAAGCUAAAGCGUUGGCUUCGCUGUCACGUUUGGUCGAGCCGACGUCCGGGGUCCUGUGUGGAGCGACUAUCUUGGGAAAGGGUUCCAGAGAAGUGUGUCACUCGCUUGUCGGUCGAUUCGUCCUUUUCUGGCACAACUUGUUGGGAUGGUUCGACAAUGAGAGUGACGACACCGAGGAUUUUGUCCAAGCUUUGGAAGAGGCAUUUGAGAUUGUUUCUUGUCAAGUCAUAGCAAGGGCGCAGCUACUGCGCAACCGAAACUUUGCUUGGAAUGAGACCCACGCGCCGGAAUGCAUUCCAUUCCAGUACAAUUCGCACGCAUGCGCGCAACUCUAA